GCGGGCCUGCGCCUGCCGGUCUAAGGGGCUGCCCGCUGGGUGCACCGAUGGCUGAAUUCCGAGCAGUUAGAGGGCGACCCCCGCUAAGCGAGUGCGUGGAAUGUAUGCGGUCCCGGGAAGGAGGCUCCAUAGUGUGGUCAUGGGGACAGAGAGAGGUGCUUGAGAGGGAGCACAGCGAGGCGUUGGAGUGAGAAGUUGCUGCUGCAGAGCAGGGUCUGCCAGGGUCUGCACUUGGCGGGAUUCUGUUCUUAGGGACGUCCUUUCUGUUGCGGUUCCCACCCUGGCACGGAGGGGAGCUGUGAGUGACACUGAGGAGGCCCCUUCCUCUCCGUGUUUGCUGAGAGGGCUCUGAGCCGGCAGUUACACAACUACCGUGGAAGGCCUCUGGGCUCUGCAGGCUCCGUCUCAUUGCAAUUCAGGGAGCGCCUGUCCCCUGGCUGAGGGCGGGCCUGCCGCUCUUUCUUCAUUGUGCCUACUUCUGGCUGGACGGUCCUCUCUCAGACACCAGCGCUCCAGGGGCUGGGGCCACCGUGGAGAGGCACCUGACAGGCUGUGGCACCGUCGCUGAGGCCAUGACACGGGAUGAGCAGUUCCACGGGGAGCUGGGCUAUGACCGGAUGCCCACUCUGGAGCGGGGACGGCAGGACCCAGGCAGCUUCAGCCCGGACGCGAAGCCCAGCGACCUCCAGCUGUCGAAAAGGUUGCCACCCUGCUUCAGUUACAGGACCUGGCUCUUCUCCAUGCUGGUCGGGAGCUGCCUGCUGGUGACCUCGGGGUUCUCACUCUACCUGGGGAACGUGUUCCCAUCUGAGAUGGAUUACCUUCGCUGUGCCGCGGGCUCCUGUAUCCCCUCGGCCAUCGUGAGCUUCACUGUUUCGAGGAGAAACGUCAAUGCGAUCCCCAGCUUCCAGGUGCUGUUUGUCUCCAGCUUUGCCGUGACCACCACGUGCUUGAUCUGGUUUGGCUGCAAACUGGUCCUGAACCCGUCAGCAGUAAACGUGAGUGCCUGGAAGGGACCCGGGUCUUCUCUGGAUGCCGUCAGCGUCAUCCAUGGCACUGCCCAGAGAAGGGCUUGCCUGGGCUCGGAGCCCACAUGUCGAGAGCUGUGUCCGUGCCACCAAGGACCCCGAUGGGUGUCGGCGGGCCUGUGGACGGGCAGUGUUUGCAGUCCUCACCCACGCAGCACUCCAGCAGGCCUGGGAUGCUGUGCCUCUGAGAGACGUAGAAAAUCGUCGUCAUGCACACUCGGCACCAGCCUCACCUGCCCGCCCCGGGCCGGGCGCAUCACUCCUGCAGGGAGCCAGAGUCGCUGGCCGUCGCCACACUGUGACCCCACUGUCACUGCACUGCAGCUGCCGGGAACCCUGGGGAAGGGCUUCGGGGAUGUCAGCAGGGUGGGAGCCCUUGGCGUGAUCGUCUCUGCGCGGUCCGCAGAGGAGGUCUGCAGGGCGCAGAAGGUCUCCCUGGCUGACAGCACCCCCAUUCUGGAUGAGGUGACAUUUCCUGCUCGGGUCCUGAAAUCCUAUUCAGUCGUUGAGGUGGUAACGGGGAUCUCUGCGGUCCUCGGAGGCGUCAUCGCGAUGAACGUGGAUGAGGCGGUCUCGGGCCCCCACCUCUCGGUGACAUUCUUUUGGAUCUUGGUGGCGUGCUUCCCGAGUGCCAUCGCCAGCCACGUGGCAGCCGAGUGCCCCAGCAAGUGUCUGGUGGAGGUGCUCAUCGCCAUCAGCAGCCUCACCUCGCCGCUGCUCUCCACGGCCUCAGGCUACUUGUCCUUCAGCGUCCUGAGGAUCGUGCAAGCGCUCAGGGACCACCCGCCCACCGUGAGCCCCUGCAACCCACUAGGUCCCGGGCCACUGGCUUCUUCUCAGGUGUCAUGGGUUCCUCUGCCCUGGAGCUUCCGUGAGCACUUCAGAAGCAGCCUCAGCUUCAAAGGCACCAGUGACCCAAUAUAUAUAUUUAUCAACCCUCUGCGUGAGCCCCCCGAGCGGCCUUUAGCCUGUGACAGACCCUGCUUGGGAGGGCCGGCCACUUACAGGACGUCUGGAGCUCGCUCUCCCAGAGAGGCCUGCGCAGCGGCUGCAGCGGUGGAAGACAGGCUCCGUUCAGCGUGCCCUGCUCCCGAGGAAGGCUGGGUGGGCGCUGCCGGCUGGGCUCCCAGUGGAGCCACUGCCAUCCAGUGUGUGAGCUUCAAGGUGCGUGCCAGGCUGCAGGGCACGUCCUGGGACGCCCCGACUAGCCAGCAGGAGCGCCCCGUGGGGGAGGUGGCUAGGAGCCCGAAGGAGUUCGACAAAGAGAAGGCCUGGAGGGCUGUCGUGGUGCAGAUGGCCCAGUGACGCACACCGUCCCCACAGACCUGCCUGUCCUCUAACCGCCGCUUUCCUGUGAGCGUAGCCCGGGCCUCAGGAUGUGCCGCACACCUGCUCAUAGUUAGCCCGGAGCGCCCAGCGUCGAUGACCUCCCAGCCUCCUGUCCUCACUGGCGGUCCCUCCCCAUGCUGCCCAGCCUGCCCGUGUGCUCUGCCGACAUGCCUGCCCCGAGCUUAUGCAGCACCCCCUCCCUAACGGUCCCAGCGGCUCUGUCCAUCCCAGGGCUCCAGGCCCUCAGCCCGUCAAGUCCCACACAACGCCACACCCACCCUGCCCUGCCUUCCCACAUAAACCCUGUUCUUCCAGCAGGCCACCUCCUCCUGGGCCCUGGCUGACUCUCCAAGUGGCCUGUGUCCGGUCUGGAGCUUCGUACAGCCCGUCCGUGUUCUCAGGUGCAGCCGAGUCACAGGCUUUGCAAACUGCCUGGGCCCUGGCGGCCAGUAAGGCUGGGCCCUCCCUCGUCAGUGGUUGGGCUUGCUGGCCAGGCCUGAAUGCCCUCUGCCAGGCGUCUCCCAGUCCUGCCCGCCUCCCACAAGCCAUCCACUCGUCCCUGGCUUGCCCGAGGUCUGGCCUGGCUGAGGUCUCUUCUGUCUCCGGUGUGGUGGGGUCCUGGGGUACUUCCUCAUCCCCACACGGCCCAGGCUGCAUGGACCCUGUGGGCACAAGGGGGACACGGCAGAGGCUGCCCUCUCGCCAGCUCCUCCCCGUGGACACCCGGACUCUCCCAUCUGCGUUGCUAAGUGCUAUGGGAGCCGCUUGCUGCUGGGGCUUCCCUUGCCAAGACUGCCUGGCGGAGCAGUCUCAUCGCUUUUCUUCUGGACGCAGCGAUAAGACACUGGGGUCUGCUCUUUACUAAGUUGGGGUGUAUCCACCAGCUCCCCUGUGGGCUGUCAGAAAGGACUAGAGAAGCAUUUUGUGGGCCAGGGACGUGAUCAAAGUGCCAAUAGCCCCAGGAGAUAGAUGCCUGGGUGUAGAUGAAGGGGAUGCAAGGACACCAUGAGGGGUCAGCAGGCAGGUGGUUCAAUCACCUCCCAAACAAGUGAUGUGUAGAAGGCAGCAUGCACCUGCACACAUGCCCUACACAUGCACCCACACACACGCCUCCACAUGCACCCGGACUCAUGCACCUGCACACCCACACCUGCACAUGCACACACACAUGCAUUCACACACUUGCACACCCUCGCCUGC